AUGAUUGGCAGAUUAGCCCAUAUUGGAUUUGACUUGGUUUUAAUCAGUGGGUUCCUAGCUGGUGUCAAACGUGCUACUGGAGUACAACCAAAUUUAGACCUAAUUGAAAACAAAGAUGUUAGAAACUAUACCGGUAAGUUUUUGGGGUUAGGUGAACAAGUCUUGGAUUCAAGUGCCGCUUUUUUGGGAAGUAGUCAAUUCUUCACUAGGAAGUAA